AUGGUGAUGAAGAGCAAGAAGAUUAAGAGUAAGAGGGUUUCGUUGAAGAAGAAGUACAAGGUGAUACGGAAGGUGAAAGAGCACAACAGAAAAAAAGCGAAGGAAGCGAAGAAGCUUAGGUUGAGUGGGAAAAAUAAGGUUGAGAAGGAUCCUGGUAUUCCCAACAAUUGGCCUUUUAAGGAACACGAACUCAAAGCCCUUGAAGCUCGAAUGACGAAGGCCAUUGAGGAAUUGGAACAAAAGAAAGCCGAACACAAGGAGAGGGCUCGUAGAAGAAAAUUGGGCUUGCUAGAGGAGGAAUAUGACUCUAAGUUGCUAGAGGAUUCUAAUAAAAAUACUAAUGAUUUUGAUAAUGCUGCAAAGACCAGAGAAAUUAAGAGUAAGAGGGUUUCGUUGAAGAAGAAGUACAAGGUGAUACGGAAGGUGAAAGACCACAACAGAAAAAAAGCAAAGGAAGCGAAGAAGCUUAGGCUUAGUGGGAACAAUAAGGUUGAGAAGGAUCCUGGUAUUCCCAACAAUUGGCCUUUUAAGGAACAGGAACUCAAAGUCGUUGAAGCUCGAAGGACGAAGGCCAUUGAGGAAUUCGAGCAAAAGACAGCCGAACGCAAGGAGAGGGCUUGUAGAAGAAAAUUGGGCUUGCUAGAGGAGGAAUAUGACUCUAAGUUGCUAGAGGAUUCUAAUAAAGAUACUAAUGAUUUUGGUAAUGCUGCAAAGACUAGAGAGAGGAAGAGUAAGAGGGUUUCGUUGAAGAAGCAGCACAAGGUGAUACGGAAGGAACAAGAACUCAAAGCCCUUGAAGCUCGAAGGACGAAGGCCAUUGAGGAAUUGGAGCAAAAGAAAGUCGAACGCAAGGAGAGG